CUAGCCAAGGUUUGGUAGGUGGCUUUAACAAGGGGAAGGAAUGCGACGUUCUGAUUGGUCGAAGUCGAGGGACGUAACACUAAGAGCCCGCCUCUUCCAUUGGAUACUAUAAAAUCAUUGGAUUCUUCUGAAGUGGAAAGAAGGUCUGGGCAGGGCACAUUUGACAGGCUGUGUUAGCUCGUAUGUUACAAAUAAUGAAUGAAUAAAUGAAAAUAAUAAUAAAAAAAACACUUUACAGUGAAGCUGGACUAUAAUGUAAACAGUUUAACCAAGCUGAAUGCUGCUUAUUUUUCGUUCAUUUUGAGCUAGUGAUAUCGCUCGUAUGAUCGCUCGCUGGAAAAUAUGGUGUACUUCAACUACACUACCCACAAUGCAGUUGCACAGCAAACGUCAGCAGUCAAGUCACAACAAGGAAGUGCAGAAUUUCUUUUAGUAAUCUUCUUAGAAAGCCGGUCAGUUGGUUUUGUAAAAGUACGCACUUAAAGAUUACGUUGAUCUUGUUUCGGGCAACAGAGUCUUUAUCUGUUUAGUUCUCUGGAUAUGUAAUAGGUCAUCUACGGAGGUGAAAUGGAAUCUAAAUCAGUGUGUCUAACAGGUGAAUGGGUGUGAUAGCAGAUAGUAAAUAGUCCCGUUCCUCCAUUCAUUCUUUAACAAGACAGCGUCCCCCGUUGUUAUGGUCAUAUUCCGCUGACGUUACAUGCAGCUCUUCAUAAUUGCUCUCCAAAGCCAGCCUGGUGUUGACACUCAAAAUGAGGAUGAUCACAUUCUUCCUGGUUGGGCUGACGGUCCACGUGGUUUUCUUCCUCUCCAUCUUUGACAUCUACUUCACCUCUCCCCUGGUGCAUGGCAUGACGCCCCAGUCCACACCGCUGGCACCCCCAGCCUCCAGACUGGUAUUAGUGGUAGCCGAUGGCCUCAGAGCAGACAGUCUCUUCACUCUGCUCCCCAACGGCUCAUCCAGGACUCCAUACCUGAGGAGUGUAAUAGAGGCUACAGGUACCUGGGGUGUGUCACAUACACGAGUGCCUACUGAGUCCCGGCCUGGUCACGUUGCCCUCAUUGCAGGCUUCUAUGAGGAUGUUAGUGCAGUUGCUAAAGGCUGGAAGGAGAAUCCUGUAGAGUUUGACUCUGUGUUUAAUGAGAGCAGACACACCUGGUGCUGGGGCAGUCCUGAUAUCCUGCCUAUGUUUGCCAAAGGUGCCAGUGGAGACCAUGUGUAUACCCACACUUACCCAGCACAGGAGGAGGACUUUGCCUCCAUAGAUGCCUCCAGACUGGACACCUGGGUGUUCACUCAAGUCAAAUCUUUCUUUCAGUCAGCAAGGUCUAACUCCACUCUGAAGGCCAGUCUACUGGAGGAUAAGAAUGUCUUCUUCCUGCAUCUCCUGGGUAUUGACACUAAUGGACAUGCUCACAGACCAAUGUCACAGGAAUACCUCGACAAUAUUGCUCUAGUAGACGCGGGUGUAGCCGAGCUGGUGUCUAUGGUGGAGGACUUCUUCGGUAAUGAUGGCAGAACGGCCUAUGUGUUUACCGCUGAUCAUGGCAUGACAAACUGGGGUUCUCAUGGUGCAGGUCAUCCCUCUGAGACACUCACCCCUUUAGUGGUGUGGGGAGCUGGCGUUCAAAAUGCCCAGAAAGUUACAGAACCCCAACCGUACAACGAUGGGUACCUACAAGAUUGGAAAUUGGAGCACCUUCGCAGAGUUGAUGUCAAUCAGGCUGACAUUGCUCCACUCAUGGCUUCUCUUAUUGGUGUCCCAAUUCCUGUUAACUCAGUUGGUGUGUUACCGCUUCUCUACCUCAACAACAGUGGCCAGUUCAAGGCAGAGAGCAUGUACACAAAUGCUAUUCAAGUUCUGGAGCAGUUCAAGAUGAAAAUGAGCCAGAAAAAGGAGACAACCUUGUCUUUUCUCUUCACCCCAUACCAACUCCUGACUGAGUCAAAACAAGCAGAAUUCACCCGCAAGGCCCGAAUACUGAUUCAGCUGGAGAAGUAUGACGAUGCUAUCUCUCUGUGCCAGUCUCUGAUCUCCUACUCUCUGGAAGGCCUGGUCUACUACCACACCUAUGACAGGUUCUUUCUGGGUUGCAGCGUGGUGCUCGGAUUUGUAGGCUGGACUUCAUAUGUUGUCUUAGUCAUACUGAAGACUCAUGCCAGCCUCAAUAGACACCCAAAUCUCACUAAACAGAAUCCCAACCGUAACUUGGCGAGGCUGUGUAUGUGUGUGGCUGUGGUGAUCACCGCAUUCCUGCUCAUCCAGAGGAGCCCCAUUACCUACUAUAUUUACUGCCUGCUGCCCGUCCCCGUAUGGUACUCUGUUCUUAAAGAGUCUGGAACUCUAACAGAUCUGAUUCGGUCAGCUCCAUCUCUGCCACUGUGGAAAUGCUUUUGCUAUUUCGUGCUGGUGGCAUUUGGAGUUGAACUACUGGUGGUGAGUUUCUUUCAUCGCGCCAUGCUGACUGUGGGCCUGGCUGUCCUCUCCCUUUGGCCCCUCCUGUCGGGACUUUAUCACAAGGCCAAGUUCCGUUCACUGAGCUGGUUUCUAGGCUGUCUGUGUUUGGCUGCCUUUCCCCUGAUGCCUGUUGUGGGUAGAGAGCCAAACCUCAAUCUGGUAACCUGUGCAGGUCUGCUCACUCUCUUCACUUCAGCCUGUUACCUCUGGUCAUCACGACAGAGGACGCCGCUGCACCCUAGUGACAGACAGCAGUUUGUCACUCAGUUGCUUCAUGUGGCCGUGUGUGCAUACGUGCCAUCCCUCACACACUCCAGCCUGCAGCAGAAACAGGGCCUACCGCUUCUUAAUCAGAUCAUCAGCUGGAGCACAUUAGUAUCCUCUAUAUUGGUUCCUUUGCUGAGCUCGACACGUCUUUUCCAUCGACUCCUCAGCAUAUUUCUGUCUCUUACAUCCACAUACCUACUGCUCAGCACGGGGUCAGAGGCCUUGUUCCCCGCCGUGUUGUCUUGGUUAAUGUUUGUGUGGAUCAACAUUGAACAGGAAGCCUUGCUCGCUCAGGGUGUCUCUGGCAGGCAAGAGUUGUCCACUCUUGAUUUCUCUGCAAACAUCGACAUCGCCAAGAUCCGUCAACUGAAGCUAGAUGACAUCCGAAGAUCAUAUUUUUUUGUGUUUUUUAUAAUAACUGCUUUCUUUGGGACAGGGAACAUAGCAUCCAUUAACAGUUUUGACCCAGCAUCCGUUUACUGUUUCCUCACUGUUUUUAACCCCUUCAUCAUGGGAGGGCUGAUGAUGUGGAAGGUUAUAAUUCCAUUCAUCAUAGUGAUGUGCACAUUUGAGACCAUCCAAGUUGCAACGCAGCUCUCAUCAAGAAGUUUGUUCCUUAUUGUCCUGGUUAUCUCUGACUUGAUGGCUCUGCAUUUUUUCUUCUUAGUGCAGGACUAUGGCAGCUGGUUGGACAUUGGCACAAGCAUUAGCCACUAUGUGAUAGUGAUGUCUAUGACCAUCUUCCUGAUGUUGCUCAGUGUCGUCACGCACAUUCUCACUUCACAAAGACUCAUCCUGUGGCGAAGACCCAAGAUGCAUUUCCCAUAACUCAGUGUGUUUGUGGUUUGAUGUUUGCAUACGGUGACAAAACCAAACAGUUAGUAUUUAUUUAACUUUUUUUUAACAUAUGUUUCAUGUAGGUGUUGUCUUAUAUUUAAAAAUGAGGACCCUUGGUGUAAUGAUAGGAGCUUCAGUCAAAAAAAAAAAGGACUUGUCUUGUAGGUGUAAAGACAUAUGGGGUAUUAUUCUAGGUCACUGUUUACUACACAGUACUGUGCUAUACUUUGAAAAGGACAUUUUACAUAGUGACCUAAGCUUCCACGCUAUUGUUUUGUUUGUUUUUUGUACAAGUAUACUCUGUAUAGGUCUCUGUUUGUAACACCUUAUUUUUGUAUUGAUCGAUGACUUUGACUAAGGCUACUUGAAUAUUAGACUGUGAAUUAAGUCUUUGCCAAAGCUGCCGAUUUACGAUCUACUGAAGAAGGGUAACUUCAUAACCCUGUUUUGUAAGAUUGUCACACUAAUGCCCGUAAAGCUGCCUGAAAUGCAUUGUUGUGUAAAAAGAAAAGCGGUGUUAUUUGAACUGAACUUUGCGACUAGAUACGUACCAAUAAAACUGAAAAGGUGAAACUGAAA